CCCACAAUGCAUCUGGACUCAUUCAUUUACAGUUCGCUCUACGAUACCGAAGCAAGUGUGCGUGGUCGACAUGGCUCAAGGUAAACAGAAAUUUAAAGCGCAAAAACCCGGCGGUGGGAAGAAACAGACUCAGAAACAGAAAGGUCCAAAGAAAGGAGGGAGGAUAAUCGCACCCAAGAAAGCACAAGUGGUCCAGCAACAGAAACUGAAAAAGGGUCUGGAGGUGGCCAUCAGGAAUAAGAUUGAGCAGGAGGUGACCCAGAAAGCCAGCACCUCCAUGCACAAGCGCCUCAACGUGCUCAAGGCUCCCGAGAGCAAGGCAGGAGCGGCUGCGCCUACCGCCGGAUCCUCCAAAUAACACACACACACACACACACACACACACACAGAAACAA